GGUGGCACUGGAGAAUUUUAUCUUCAUUGUGGUGUCUGGCGGCCUUAGCCUUCGUAGUGAAUGUCGUCGGCACCAUCUCGCUCUCUUUUACGUGUCUUCAUGGUGUGCACAUCGAAAUUCAUUUUUGUUUUAGUUUACGUUAAAUUCACGUUUUGUUACAUUUUUAAGUUUGUUGCUUAUCUUCGUUGGUGAUUGUGAUUCAGUGGUCGCACGUACCAGACUGUUACAUUUUUAUUUUGUAUAAUUUUAAACACUGCGGUGUGCCGUCUAAGGCAAUUGUCGUCACAGUUCUGGUGCGGUCGCGUCGGGAUAAAAUCCGCCACCAAUUACAGUCAUCACAUGCCCUCCUCACACGGGGAUACUCAAAAGAAACUGCAAUCGCCUAGAUACUAGGAGACUAGGCGACUAGGCAACUGCGCAUGUGUGUUUGAAUGGCGUCGUUCAGACGGCGCUACUAAAGUCGCCGCGACUGAUAAACUGACGCGACUAGUCAACUGGCGACUAGACAUGCCGGUCUCCUCGCUACUUUGGUUGAUCGAGUUGCUUGAAAAGUAUCCCGAGCUAUAUAAUUAUACCUUAAAAAGCUACUCCAAAAGAAAUGUAACGGAAAAAGCUUGGAGUGAAGUAGCCAUAGAAGUUAUGCUCACAGUAAACGAGUGUAAAGAAAUAUGGAAGAACCUCCGUUCCACAUUUGUCCGUCAUAUGAAACCCCCUGCCAGUGGUUCCAGUUCCAAAAGUAAAAAACCUUAUUAUUUGACAGAAUUCAUGCAAUUUGCGCUUCCAUUCAUAAGAGCAUUGGGUACGCCAGUUGGAAAUUUAUCUGAUUGCCCUCAACAAAGUCCAACUGAGCUAGAACAAGAUUCUGAAGAUCAGACACAAAAUGAAAUAUACAAUGAUGAAGAAAAUGAAGAAUUUCAACUAUCACAUGUAAAUAACGAUCUGUCACCACCAAACUGUCCUACCCAACUACCUUCAUGUCCAAUACAAGUACAACAAGACAAUGUUUCUAAUGAAAAAUCGUUAAGUGACACAUAUAAAACAUUUCCAACUCCGAGGAAAGGAAAAUUUCAGAAGCGAGCAGAUACUGAUGUGGACAAAUCCUUUAUGGAAUACUAAAAUAUCAAAAAAAAAAAAAAAAAUAGAAACAACUCCUAAUGAGCGCAACCAACAAAAAAAAAUGUUUCUUCUGAGUUUGCUACCCGAGAUUGAACCCAUGACAAACGCACAAAUGAUUUCAUUUAGGCGUAGAGUUCUGCAGCUUAUUGAUGAUAUAUUGAAUCCAGCUCCAUAUCUACAACUAUCUCUACCACAACUUAUCAACAUACACAAACAAGCUCUCUUAUGUCAUCACAUUCACCACUAGCUAGUACAAGUACGGAUCACUCUCCUCAGAGUAAUUCUACCUUCAACAACCCAAUGUCAGUAGAAGAGCUACAGCAUAAUGACACGGAAAGUUUAUACUACCAAGUCGUCCGUGAUGCUUUGACCACCGAUAAUAUAGAAUAAUACAGUAAUAUAAUAUGAAAAAUACUACCUAAUGCG